CUCGCCACCAACCAUCGCAAUGCUGACCGUAGAUUGUCUUCCUGCGGAGGUUCAGAAACGGAUUGCCUUCUUUGUUCGUGACCACUCGUCGCGCGAUCUAUUCGCUUUAAGUCGAACAAACAAAGCCUGGCAUGAGCUCGCGGCUGCCGAGCUGUAUCAAACCCUUCGAAUCAAAUUCUUCGACUUGAAAACACUCCAGCAGGAUGUCUCUGAGCUUCGAACGGAUGGUCUUGGUCGACACUAUCUGCGUUAUGCCCGGACCCUGGAUCUAGUCUGCCUCGAAGAGCCGUACCUGGAGACCAAGACAGCCAAACGUCUCUGGGAACAGAAGAAUUGGGCCAAUGAGUUCAUUAUCUUCAAGACACCUACCUCUUUAGACAGCUUCCUUCAGGACUCUUUGUCAGAGUGCGAUUACUCAAGCAUCGCCUACUACCACGAGAACGAUUGGGAGCCGAUCAUCGCCCUUGUCGGGCGGUUACAACACCUGCGCCUACUCAACUACGCUAUCAGAAACAUGUUUCCCGCUUCUCUCCAUCAAGCACUACAACAAGUUCAUCCUACAUGUCAAUUAGAUGUCUGGAGUACCCAGUCUCCUUCUCUUGAUCUCCCUGGCUUAGGCCGCGCCCAUAAUUGCGUACUUCCGGAGUUUAAGCAGCCACUCGACCUCGACUUUGUGUCGUCACCAACGCUGCACACUUUAAGCGUAGCCUACACAGUGGGCAAGCAACUGCAGGAUUUAGCCGGAUUGACGCAUGUUGACGAGCCUUUCUCGUUCGUUCUCACGGCACCCAACCUGAAACAUCUGAUCAUCAGCGUUACCCUCGAGGGGAUUGAUAGAACGGCCGACAAAGUGAAAGAGGAGUGGAAGCGACUAUAUCCCAGCGCGAAGUCUUCUCCAGACACUGCAGUUCUCGAAUCUCUGACCUUCAGCUGUUUUGAACCUAGCAAACCGCUGGAGCAUGUGCUUUUGAAUAUCUCCACCCUGCUGGAUUUGUCCAGACUCCGCUCCCUCGACAUAGGCGCAUAUGCGGAGCCCGCGAUGCUAACUGAAGCUGCGUCCAAAAUGGUCAGGCUGGAACGUCUGUACAUUCACAUGGUUCCGUGGUACAAGCAGCGCGCAUCUCGGUGGCUUAGCGACUCGGAUAGCGCCACAUGGGACAUCGAAGAGAUGAUCUCCGUUGUACAGGCAUUCAGACCGCUUCGGUUCUUGUGCAUGCGAGGAUUGCGGAGCUUCACGUCCCUAGACCGGAUCGUCGCCCACCAUCCCACCCUACAAGGACUGAGUCUAGAAGUCAGACAAAGACAGAUCGAGAGGUCCCAAAACGGACAGAAGUACCCCAUCACCAACGGCGACCACAUCCGGUCGCUAGCUGCGUCCUGUCCCCGACUGGAGGAACUGAGCCUGACGCUGCAGCGCACCCAGGGCAACGCCCACGAAUGCGACAUCUACCGAGCGCUUGGUCAGCUGCCGUGCCUCCGCACUCUCAUCCUCGAACUCGAUUUUGAUUCCCGGCCUACGCCAGACUUCGACGCGAAACCCAGCCCCGCAUGCAUCCGAGAGACGCUCAUCAACGCUGCCAUAGAUGAGACGCUGGUUACCGGUAUUUUUGAACUUAUCUGCUCGCAUCAGUCGACUCGGAGGCUCAAGCAUCUCCGCAUCAAACCCGGCUACAACCUCUUCGAGGGCGGGUUUGCCGAUGUUCUUGCUCAGGUCAGUCGGUCGUUCCUGGCCACGCGGUUGGAUUUCUAUCUCACUGCGAACCCCCCGGUCGAGGUCCGAGAAAUCGGAAGAGUGGUGGGGCAAUUAUUGCGCGAGGAGGAAAUUGCGCAAAGUGGGCCGCUGUAUAUUCCGAAGAAUAUAAAGGACAUUUUGGAGGAGCUGUGGCCGCUUGACUCGGAGAGGAACCGCAGUAAGAAAUGGAAGGAGUUUCCGCUGCUGGUCAAAAGUUUCCCAUUGGAGGCUGAUGUCUAAUUUGGGGGUUUGUAAGGUCUCUCGGUGGCUUCAGCUGCCUUUGUCCUUUAAACUGCUUCUGAGCUGGAAACUCAAGGAUGGUCUUCUGAACAACAUGCUAUAUUCUUUUUUAAUGAUACUCCGCCAACUAUAGCUAGGCAG